AUGGGUAAUGCGUGUUGCAAUCACUCAGAGAUACAUUAAAAUCACUUCUAAAGCCAUACAUAAAUACUAAUUCCUAUCUUACAAAAAAAUGAUACUUGGGAUUCAUUCUAAGAUGAUGAUGAAUAUAUGUCCCCUCUUAAACAAUAUAUAACACCUAGUGCUGCAUCAAAAGUCGAUCUUGACUUCUCUUCAGACACUAAUCAAUCUAAAAUGAAAUCAACCAUUUAAUUACCAGGCUCCAGAAAAUCUGUAAGAAUAAGCUAUGAUAAUUUUGUAACAAUGAAAUAAGGGGAAUGGAAAGAACAAUAUAGUCUAAUCAAAAAAUUAGGAUAAGGAAGUUAUGGAUCUGUAUGGCUUUGUAAACACAAUAAAACAGGUAUUUUAAGAGCACUGAAAUAAAUUAAAAAAGAAUCACUUUUAUUUGAAGAUUAAGAAAGAAUGUUAUCGGAGCUGAAUAUUUUAAAAUCUUUAGAUCAUCCUAAUAUUGUUCGUGUUUUUGAAUGCUUCUAAGAAGAUGAUUAAUAUAUUAUUGUUACUGAGUAAUUAUUUAUCAUAUUUAGAUAUCUUUCUGGAGGAGAAUUGUUCUUAAGAAUUAAGAAAUUACAAUGUUUUAGUGAAAAAAUGGCAGCUGAUUACAUAAUAUAAAUCCUUAAAGCUGUUAGUUAUUGUCAUGAAAAAUAAAUAGUACAUAGGUAAAUUUAUAAUAUAGUUUAAAGAGAUCUAAAACCAGAGAAUAUUCUCUUAAGUGGAUAAGGUGAAGAAAUUAAAGUAAUUGAUUUUGGAACAUCUAGAUAUUUUUCAUCAAAUAAUAAUAUGAAAAAACGAUUAGGAACUCCUUAUUAUAUUGCUCCAGAAGUCUUGAAUGGUAAAUAUAAUGAAAAGGUUGAUAUUUGGUCAUGUGGUGUUAUAUUAUAUAUUUUCUUAUGUGGUUAUCCUCCUUUUACUGGAAAAACUGAUAAUGAAAUCUUUGCUAAAGUAAAAAACGGCAAAAUUAUAUUUGACAAAGAUGAUUGGUCAACUAUUUCUAGAGAUGCUAUAGAUUUGAUUCGCAAUAUGCUAAAUAUAGACAUUAAAAAAAGGUUCACUGCAAAAUAAGCACUCUUACAUCCUUGGAUAUAGAGAAAUGCUAAAUAAGAAAUUAUAUCUUAAUAAUUAUUAAGUAAUAUUGAAAAAUUCUAUGUAUAUUGUUUAUGUUAAAUUUAGGUCAAAACUAAUUUUCAAAAAGCUAUAAUGACUUUUAUGGUUAAUUAAACUUUGUAAAGUUAAGAAAUUAAUGAAUUAAAGGCCACAUUUAAUGCUCUUGAUAAAAAUCAUGAUGGAAAUUUGAGUAAAGCAGAAUUAAUUGCUGGUUAUUAAGGAAUAUUAAAAAAUAAAGAAUAAGCAGAAGAAAAAGUGAAUCAAAUUUUAGAUGCAUUAGAUUUGAAUCAUUCAAAUUUAAUUGAUUAUUCAGAAUUUAUUAUGGGAGCCAUGAAAUUUGAAAAAUUAGUUUCAAUCGAAAGAAUUAAAUAAGCAUUUCGUAUGUUAGACACAAAUGGAGAUGGUUAUAUAUCAAAAGAAGAAUUGUAAGAUAGUAUGGGAUUUUUAGAACCUGAGAUAUGGGAAUAGUUUUUAAAGGAUUGUGAUUUAAAUAAGGAUGGAAGAAUAUCUGAAGAAGAAUUUACUAAUAUUUUAGUUACUUUAUGA